AUUAUCCGAAGAAAGGUGUGUAUGUGGUAAGGUUGAUUACCAUGGAGCUCUGUACUACUCGAACCUUCACAACUUCUUUCUCUCUUCCCUCUUCUUCUUCUUCUUCUAAUUCUCUUCGUUCCAACACUGUUAUUAAACCCUUCCAAUUCCAAUUCAAAUUCAAAUUCAAUUCCUUCAACCUUUCAUCUUUCACUCCUCACAUCCAACCCUCUCUCUCUAUUCACACUUCUUCUCCCUUCACUAUCUCAGCUUCUUCUUCUUCUUCUUCCGUCUCACUUGACUCUGAAAACGACCUUCUUCCAGCUCAAUUGAAAGUCACCGAAACAGAGGAAUCCGAUUCCAGAGUUAGAUUGCAUGUGGAGGUGCCAUCUUUGGUAUGUGAGGAUUGUUACAAAAGGGUCUUAGUUGAGUUUACGAAGUAUGCAAAGGUACCUGGAUUUCGUCCUGGAAAAACAGUCCCCGAAAGUAUUCUUGUUGGUUAUGUAGGGACUAGAAAUGUUCAAAAGGCUACGAUUGAAUCUAUAUUGAGGAGGACACUUUCACACGCUGUGACAUCGGUUACUGGAAGGGCUUUGCAGGACUCUGUAAGCAUAGUUACUAAAUUUUCUGAGAUGGAGGACACAUAUUCUUCUCUUGGAUAUCUUAGCUAUGAAGUCAUUGUUGAUGUUGCACCAGAAAUCAAAUGGAUUUCUGAUAACGCAUACAAGAAUUUGAAGGUUGUUGUUGAGAUAGACAGUGAUAUAGAUGCUCACAUAGCAUCUGAAAAAGAAUUUAGAAGGCGUUACAAGUCUACAGGCGCACUGAAAGUUGUUACUGAUAGAGGACUUCAGGUUGGUGAUGUUGUUGUUAUUGACAUCUCAGCAACCACCAUUGAUCAAGAUGAAUCAAAUAUUAGAAAUAUUCCUUCUGCUGAAAGUAAAGGAUUUAAUUUUGAUACAGAGGAUGGUGAAAUAUUAGUACCAGGUUUCCUUGAUUCUAUAAUUGGAAUUCGUCGAGGCGAAGCAAAGUCAUUUCACCUUUUUUUCCCAGAAACGUGGAAACAGGAAAAUCUCCGUGGUGUUCAUGCUCAGUUUACUGUUGAGUGCAAAGAACUUUUUUACAGAGAUUUACCAGAGCUGGAUGAUUCUAUUGCUGAUAAGCUUAUCCCUGGAUGCACCACAGUGGAGCAGGUCAAAGACUUACUAUUAGAGAGAUUCCAAGAGGUGGAGCAAACAGCUAGGGAACAAGCAACUGAUAAUGCUAUAUUAGAUCAGCUUUCUAAGAUGGUAGAAGUUGAUAUACCUCGAUCCUUGUUUGAGGAGCAAGGUAGACAGCUUUAUGGAGCCAACCUAUUAGAAAUGCAGACAAAAAUAAAAUUAAAUGAGCAGCAGCUGGCUUCUCUAUCAAGUCCAAAGGCUGUGAAUGAAUAUCUUGAGCAUCAAAAGGAAAAUAUAACAAAUUUGAUCAAACAGAACCUGGCAGUUGGUGACAUAUAUAGGCGUGAAAAUCUGCAGCUUUCUACUGACGAGAUCGUCAAAGAGGUUGAGAAUUCUAUUGCUGAAUUCAAACGUCAAAAACAAGAGUAUGACGAGGAACGAGUAAAGGAUCAGGUUCAAGAAAUACUUGAAGGAGCUAAGGUGCUUGAAUGGUUGAGAGAACAUGCAGACGUUCAGUAUAUAACAAUUUGAGAGACGAGCACCAGCGAAAACAAAUUUGGAAAGUAAAAUUGCAGAUCCAUUUUAAAGAAUUUUCUUUCGGCUAAUGUAAGUUAUGAGAAAAUAAACAGUUCUUGAUUGAAUUUUGUAGAAAGAUUUUUAAGAACAGAAUUAUGUAUUACCAUUUACCAUGA